GCUUACCAUAAACCCUCAUUUUCCAAGCCCCACGAUCGAAUUCCAAUUUCAUUCAACCUCGACGACAUCAACGCCAAUCUAAGAAAUCCCUAAACCUUUCUUCUUCUCACCAACCAACAAGUCGCAAAAAUGGAAAACGACAAGGGAGAACUCGUUGAUCUUUACGUUCCACGUAAGUGCAGCGCCACCAACCGUAUCAUCAAGGCCAAGGACCACGGAUCCGUCCAAAUCUCCAUCGCAAAGGUUGACGAGAACGGACGCGCUACCGGCGAGAACCAAGUUUAUGCUCUCUGCGGUUUCAUCAGAGCUAUGGGAGAGUCCGAUGAUUCUUUGAACAGAUUGGCUCAACGCGAUGGUUUGUUGAAGAACGUCUGGAGCGGUCAAUCCCAAAGAUAAAUUCGCACUAUUCGGUUUUUUCGAUUUGGCAAAUUUUCUGGUUGGGAUACCUGGGAAGGAUGGGGAUUGAAGAAAUGGAGGACGUACAUCAAGUGAAGGAAGAAUGAGCUUUAUGGCCAUCAUAUGCUGAAAUAGUCACUUCACAUCUGUGAUUACGAAUCGACGAUACAUUCCACAUCCAACAAAUUAAUUUUUUUCCUUCUUGGUGAUGGUGAUAGUGAUAGUGUGUGGACCGGAUAUUUCUUUUAACAUGUAGCACCUUUCGCGUUCCAUACCGGCUUUUCGAAACUUCUCGGACCACACUUCCAAGUGAUAUAUUUGUUCGAGGAGUCAGAUUGCUAUUUUUGAUGGUUUUCAUUAACCCAUUUAGCAGGACAAGCCGGAGAAUGAUAUUUAUACUGGCCUUCUGAUGAGCUGUGACGUUAGAGCAUCUCGUUGGAGCACAGAUACGGGUCUGACAUUUUUUGGAAAAUAUUAUUCAGAGGAUAUAAUUGAGAGGCUUCUUUAUCGCGAUUCUCAAUGUGUUAGAAUGACGAGUGUCUUCUGAUUGGGGUCGAAGCUAUCUUCAAAAGUUAUCAUGAUUGAUUUGGAGGGGUUUCGUUAUGAAAGUAUUGCUAAUAUGUAUAAUGAACAUUAUCUGACAAUCUGAACCCGAUUCUAAACUCGUUGCUAGUUCAGGUGAUCCCCUUACACGAUUGAAUCUCGCUUCUCUUGGAUGAUAUCAUGAAUGCCCAUCGCAAGUGGACCGUCUAGUCAUGCCGUGCAAGUCUACUUGCAGUGUCUGCCUACUCAGCAUACAUAGACACUCGUUCAAUACGUUCUGAUAUGUGAGAGAUGGAGAAGUGGUCACCAUAGAUUCUGAUGCGGAGAAAUGUUGGCACGAGAUUUUCACAAAACAUUUUAAUGCCUGAAUCUUAUUGUUGUCAAAAGGAAACAGUCAAACUUUUGAUGCGGACCAUUUAUUUGACUGUUCGGUCUAAAUCAAAUUUUAUCUCAGCAAUACGCAGCUGAAAUAAACGUAAAGAAUCGUAUGCAAUGCUGCCUUUUCUUUCAGAAUACUAUUUUUCACAGUGUGAUACCCCGUUGAACUCUCAAUGAUAUGUUCAAUGGUAUACUUGUGACGAGAGGACAGAAUGGAGAGAGAGAUAGUUGUAUAGAGGAAUGAGAGCUGGAAAGAAAGGAGCCAGUUACUACGGAAUUGAUCUUCGCGACGAGAGA